GUUGUUUGUUCAAUUUUUGGUAGCAAAAUUUCCUCUGUCAUUCGUUUAUUCGUCUCCAUUUCAUGACAUUUGGGUUUAUUUUCCUCAGUUACUUCAUUUCUGUUGUGCGUGCGAGCGAGUAAUAUACAAUUAAAACGGUAGUCGCGGAAAAUAUCUUUUAUAUCAAAUAUACAUAUAUGUAUAUGUAUUUUUAACUAGGAUAUUGCUGAAUUUAAAUAAUUGAAAUGUCAGUUUAAUUUAAAUGCUGUAAAAAGAUAUUAUAUGCUCAUAUCGGAAAAUUGGGUGCAUAUGUGGUGCAAGGUAGUGGAAAAUGGCACAAGUUGAUUAGUUCACAAUGUGGGCAUUAGUAUUGAAGAAAAAAAGGAAGUGUAAACGGGAGGAGCAACGUUCGGCGUAGUGAAAAACGGAGGAAAAUUGCAGUUCACCGAGUUGGAAAGUGUUAAAACGUUCACGUUGCAAACGGUUUUAGGUGUAUCUAUGUGUGUGUUAUAAAAUAUAAGAUAUCUGAAAAAAAGAAAUAAGAAAAUCAAAGUGUACGCAAAUAAAAAAAUAGUGUUUAAGUGCAGAUAUAGUGUAAGUCGUGGAAAAACCAGCGUCGAUCAUUGAAGGCGAACGCAGUUGCGGAAAAAUGAGUUCGAGUUGCAGCAACGAAAGAAUAGAAUGGGUGGAAAUAAUCGAGCCACGCACCAAGGAGCAUAUGUAUGCAAAUCUCACAACUGGCGAGUGCGUUUGGGAUCCACCGGAAGAUGUACCAAUUAAGCGCACCGACUCAUCACAGUGGUGGGAAUUGUUCGAUACGAAUACGCAACGCUUUUACUACUACAAUGCGGCGACACAGAAAACCGUCUGGCAUCGGCCAAGCAAGUGUGAUAUCAUACCGCUGGCGAAAUUGCAAACGCUCAAACAGAAUACGGAUCCGAGUGAUCGUAAGGAGAGUAGUACGCAAACGCAGCAUACGACAGGAGGAGGCGGGUCACAAUCGCAGUCGACCUCGGCGACCCAAUCACCUUUGGCGGCGGUCGGUAAGCUGCGCGCCCAACGCAGUGCAGCGCGUGAAGCUGCAGGAUUGGCCGCCAUGAAUAAUACGAAUACCGGUGGGAGUGUCGGCAGUGGUGGCAAGCGCAGCAGUGCGGGCAUAGAGGGACGUAGCGCCAACGCUUUGCCACUGCAUGCCAGUUCGGAGGAGAAACUCUCCGCUGAGUUCAUUUCUAGUCCACGUGGGCGUCACAGUUUUCGCGUUGGAACGGGUGAUUCAUCAUCGUUCACGGACAUGCAGCCAUUCUCUGCGAGACGCUCACAAGAUUCAACAAACCAUUACAAAGAGUCGGGCAAGUCCAGCGAUUCCAGUUUGUCCAGCAUACAUGGCUAUCGGCGUUUCAACGAUGCUGGCACUGGCGAAAGCUUGCGGUUGAGUUCACUACAGAAACAGCGCACACGCAAGGAGGGCAGCUUUGAUUUGUUGCAAGAGAGCACUAGUGCGCACAAUUUACCGCACGCCUCAUCCUAUGGUGGUGGUGGUGGCAGCGGCAAUGGUGGUGUUGGAGGAGGUGGUGUUGUAACAGGCGAUAAAUAUUUCGAUCGUCAUCAUCAACAGACGCCAACGCAAACGCAGCAACUCUUGCCGGGACAUCAUUUGCCAGGCUACUGCUCGUCCAAGUCGUCGGAUGUGGCCUCGCCCACGCAUUCGGCGCACACACCACAACCAAAGAAGAAAUUCUCGCCAGACGGUGGCAGCGCUGUUGUGGGUACAGGUGUGAGCGGUCAGUAUCCACCGCUGGCCUAUGCACAUCAAAGACACUCACAGUCGCAGCAGCAACAACAACAGACACCACGUACACAACGUAUCAGCGGUGCAGGAGGCAGCGGUUCGGGUGGAAGACAUCACGGUGCGGCGGAAUAUGCUGGCGAACGUGAGCGUGAAUAUAAAGUGUCACUGGCGCGUUCGGGCAGCUUCAUGUCAACAGCCAUAAAUCCCACAGCCGCAGGGCAUCACAGCAAGUCGUAUCGUAAGUCGAGCGGCGAGGCUAAUGGUGGCGCGGCCAGCGACGAUUCUAUGCAUGAGAAAUAUUUCAAGUCUGUGGAAAAUACACCACUAUCGCGUCGUCGUCACACUGCCGCCACGAAGACUACAAGUGGUGAUGGCACCGGUGGUGGCACAAGCGGCAGCAGCAGCAAUAAAAAACACUCGAGUGACUCGAGUCCGCAGAGCCCCAUAAGUCCACAGAUCAAAUCGAAGUCCACGAAAACCGCUAACAAUGUGCUCGGUAGCGCCUUUACUACUAACACUGCAAUGCAUUCACCCGGUCACUCGCCAACGGCGCCUUUGCACAACAAACAUCAUAAGCAGGAUUCUUCAUGUAGCUUGGAACUAUUGAAUAUGGAACGCAUGUCCUUGAAUAAACCGACGUCGCCACAUUUAAGCGAUGUCGUUGCUGCCUCCUCUUCAACAUCACCAAAUAACCUAGUUGCAACAACCGUGGGUAUGAAGAAUUUCCCUUCGUCGGAUAAUAUUGGUGGCAUGCUGACACAUUCGUCGCGCAGCUCGACGGAUUCGCGCAGCAAGCAGCGUUCGUCGACGGCCACGCGUGCAUAUCAACAGCAGACACCACAGCAACAGCAACACCAAAGUCAGGAUAAUCGUUCGGUUGGCUCUUUGCGUCACAACUCGACUGGUGUGGACAAGCAAGCGAAUCGCCGUUCAAAUGAGCACUAUUACGACAGUUCUCGUGGCAACAAACAAGAACAUCGUCGUUCCCGUGGUUCACGGCAGCAUAACAAUCUGCUUAAUGCGGAUAACAGUGAUGUGGAGUAUGACAACGGCAAUAUAUCGCCGCUCUACAGCAAUUGGGAUCAGGAGAUGCAUCAGCACCUGCUGCCAUUGAAGAACUACAUUAUGGAGCAAGCCAAAUUGUCUGGUCACUAUGUAUUCGGUGAUCCCAUCGACUCGGACUCGUAUCACUCGGAUAGCCAAUCGGAGCACUCGCUCUCCGGUCACGAGCCAGAUAAUGAGGACUCGGAUGGUGGCUCAGACACGCAUGGCGGUUAUUUGGAGCACAAUUACGGCAUGAUUGAUGACUAUGCCAACAUGGAUGACAGCGUGUCCUAUUACGCAUAUCAAUAUCCACCCUAUGAUCCAUCGGGACGUGAGGAUAUCUCCGACAAUGUGGAAGCCGUUCUCGAGGGUAUCGGCAGUCAAGGUGCCGAACGCGCUACCGAAUUCGCACAAAAACCAAAGCAACGAUAUCAAAUCUCAUUUUAUGAUACAACGCACACUACACCAACACAACAACAACAGCAAUACACACAAAAACAACAAUCACUUGGUCAUCCUCAAAUUGGAUCUCAAACACAAAUACAACAAAGUCAACUGUAUUCGAAUACACCACCACUAGCGCCACACCAUCACCUGCCACCACAACCGCCGCUGCCACCACAUCAGCACCUUCAACUCGACGCCGAUACCAAACAAAAGCAAUCACAAACACUACCCUCACCAAAUCGACAGAUUUCACGCAUUGCCCAGUCGGGCGGCGUCGGCGGUUCAACUAGCAUUGAUGGCAAUAACACCGCUGGCACCGGUGUUAUCGGCACGGGCGGUGGCAGUGUGCGUCUGCAUCAUUAUGCCAAAGAUGAAAGUGGCGGUGGCACGGCAAGCAUGUCUCGUACGCCCCGUUUGCCACCGCCAUCGUUGAAGCCGACAAUUCAGCAGAUAUUUCCACCCAGCGAGCGCGCACCACCCAACUUGGGCGGCCUGAGCACCACGCUGGUGUGCAUGAAGGAAUGUGAUAUUGAGAAAUUCGCCGCCGACAAUCUGAAUUUGCAUUCGAAGGGCAUCUUUCGUAAAAAGUCUUCUGUACGCGAUAUGCUGAGCUGGACUCCGGAACCAAUUAGCCGACCCAUGUUGGCGCUGUCACGCGACAAAUCGGACAAGAAAACUGCCAUUGAACUCUUCAAGCUGGUGCAAAUCUACAUGGGCGAUCGGAAGGCGCGUGUUGGCAUGAGUCUCAAUUCGGUGGCGAUCGAUAUAAUAGUCGCAGCGCUGCCACAGCAACAACUGCGCGAUGAGUUGUACGUGCAGCUAUGUCGUCAGACCACUGAAAACCCAAAGCGUGAUUCGCUUAUACGCGGCUGGGAGUUAAUGGCGAUUUGUUUGUCCUUUGUGCCGCCAUCGCCCACAUUCCAGCCAACAUUGUUAAAUUAUAUGAAUCGCCAUCGUGAUCCUGCCUUCGCUACGUCAUUUCCGGAGGUGGGCAAGUGGCCCAUACAUGUACAGAUCUCACAUUAUGCAACAGUUUGCUGCAGACGUUUGGAUCGUAUCGGUAGUCAUGGUCGCAGGCAGGCCAAGCGGCCCACGGAAGAUGAAGUUGAGCAGGCGAGGAAUCAAAUUCUACGCGUCAGUAUGUUUGGCAACACAAUCGCUGAAGUUAUGGAUUUGCAAAAGGAUAAGUUCCCAAAUCGCAGAUUGCCAUGGAUACAAACUACACUCUCGGAGCAUGUUUUACUUUUAAACGGCAAGCAGACGGAGGGAAUUUUCCGCGUCUCCGCCGAUGUAGAUGAGGUGAAUUGUUUGAAGAGUCGUUUGGAUCGGUGGGAUGUUCCUGAUUACAAAAAUAGCAUGGUGGACGCGCAUGCGCCGGCUAGUCUUUUAAAGCUGUGGUAUCGCGAAUUGUAUGACCCGCUCAUACCGGAUCAAUUUUACGAGGAAUGCGUCAAUACAGAGGAUCCGGACAAAGCCAAAGAAAUUGUUGAUAAGCUGCCGGAGCUUAAUAAGUUGGUUUUAACCUAUUUGGUGCACUUUUUGCAACAAUUCUCCCACGCCGAUGUGGUGAGUUGCACCAAAAUGGACUCAUCCAAUCUGGCGAUGGUCUUUGCACCGAACUGCUUGCGCUGCACUUCAGACGAUCCGAAAGUGAUAUUAGAAAAUGCGCGCAAAGAGAUGUCUUUCAUGCGCACACUCAUACAACAUAUGGACACAACGCAUGUGGCGAACCUGACUUGAGCGCGCGACAUGGACUGAAUGUAAAUAUGUAACAGAAAUAGCGAAAAUAAACGUUGAAAGUCAAGGUGAACGCUUGUAAAGGAGGACAAACAGCAUGAUAGUGGUAGCAUAAGCACAGAAGAUAAACACCAAAAAAUAUUAUACACUUGUAUUUGCAUUAUGAUAUUUGCAAAUAGAAUUCUGAAAUGCGUUUUUGCUUUGUUUUACUAUAAAUAUAUUGUAUUAAAUAGCGUUUAAGUAAUUACAAAUUUGAAGAGAAAUACUCAUUUGGAAAGCAACACUGCAGCAUUAAAGCGAGAAAAACUGCUAAUACAUAUUAUACAUAGAUAUACAUAUAUACAGUUGUAAUAACAUUAUACAUAUAUAUAUAUACAUACAAACAAGUAUAGCAACAAACUGUCAUACGCUUACAAAUAUUAAAUAGUAAUGCGUUGUAUUUAAUAAAAGUAGGUCACAAACUGCAAUACUCUUAUAUGCUACUGUAUACGAGCAUACAUAAUUACAUAUAUACAGACUCUUAUAUACAUACAUAUAUAUAAAUAUUGAAUAUAUCUAAUAUAAAAAAAAUAUGAGAAUUUAAAUGAAGCAUGCCUAGUUAAUAUUAGAUAACCCCCUAACAAAAGCAACAACUACUACAACUACUACAUAUUGCUUUCUUCUGCUUUCUUUUCUUAAACAUAAUACUAAUUAUUUACAUAUAUACAUAUGUAAAUGCUGUUGUAUGUGCAGAUUGUGUGAGCAGUAAAACAAAAAAGAAACGGAGUUUAAAUAAUUGUGCAUAGCGUAUAAGCAUUUAUGGGCAUUUGUAUUUGUCGUGCGACUAAACGCAAUAAAUCGGUGCGAGUGUUGUUCAAAGUUAGUAUACUAAAUAUCAGUAGUUGCAUGCCAAAAUUAAUUAAAAUAAAUUAAUACAUAAUUAUGUAUAAUUCUAGCUAAAACCAAUUUAAGACCAUAUAAAAUGUAUUGAGGAAUUUCGUAACAAAAAAGAAAACGCUUUGAAUUUAUUUUUGAAAUGCAAAUUGUAAAAAUGCCCAAAACAAACAAACAUAAAAUUACCAAAUAAUUAGUGACUAAUAUUAAUUUUUCUACUCAGUAUACUUCAGUUAUACAUUUAUGUAGCAUUUAUAAAAAUUAAUUAAUUAAAUAUAUACAUACAUAUAUACCUACUAAAAUGAAGCUACGGGAAACAAUAAAGUGACAAAAAUUAUAAAAAUAAAAAUUGUUCAAUUAAUAAUUGUUAAAAGUGUUAAUCACAAAUUAACUGGAAAAUACUUAAAACUCAAUGUAUUUAGUGAAAAAAUAAAAAAAUCAUUCGCAAAAUAUACCCAGGACAACGCGCACACAACACACCCCCGUAAAUAUGUAUAUUUAUUGACAGAAGCUGAAAAUAUUCACAUGAUCGAAAAAUAAAAGAAAUAAAAAGAUCGUUAAAACGCAGCAACACAAUAAAAUUGUAAGCAUUCGAUUCACUUCUUAAUGGAACUGUUAACUACAGAAAAUGUGGCAAAUUGUUAUAUGGAAAUACUUGCUUUGGAUUCAUGUACAUACAUACAUACAUAUUUUACCUUGAGUUAAAUUUCUUUAAUUAUUAUUUUCGAUAUAGUCUUUCUUAUCUCAAAUAAUUUCAUUAAAAUGUAAAACAAUUAUCAAAAGCAAGUGAGUUAGCACUUAUUUUAACUUAAAAUUCUAUUUUAUUCAACAAUCUUAUUCGUUUAAGUAAUACAUUUAUCACUGCCGAUGAAAAGACAAAACAGCAUCUUUUCCGUUUCAUAAAAUUUCAGCAAAUGAGAUACUAAAUAUAGAUAAAGAUAAGCUUCUUAAUUUAAAAAAAAAGAUUUCUUUGUUAAAAAUUUCCGAAAUUGUGUGCAGAAAUCUAGGGAAGUGAGAACUCAAAUUUUAAAUCUUGAAAAAUUAUAAAUAAAAUAUACAUUUUCAAAUUUUUAAAUUUUGAUGCAAAUGCUCUUUUUUGCAAUCUCUCUCAGCCUUGAAAAAAUAGUCUCCCGCCACUGUUGAUAACAAUUUUCGGCAGAUACGGUCUUUUGAGUAAUAUUGAGGCACGAUUCAUUAUUCUCUACAUCUCUCUCAACUGAAUUUAACUACAAACUCGAGAGUUAACAUUCAACCAAAGAAAAUUUUUAACAACUUGGGUUGGCUAAUUCAUUUUUAAUUUUCUCUCUAGUUUCCAGUAAAAGUAUUGACCAAACUAAAAGUGGUAAAAUCUUGAAAGGGGUAUAUUCAUUCCAUAUAAUUUUUAUUAAUAAUUCCGAUCAUAGUUCAUUUGCUAUUUUUCCAGAAAGAAGACUGAAAAUUUUGAACUGUAGUCUCUUUCAAAUGAGUUUAAAUAUUUAAUCUACGCACAUACUUCCAAAAGUAAUGUUAAAUUUAUUUUUUUAAAUAAAUUUUAUUCAUGCGCCUUAACAAUUUCGAAACAACUAAAUAUGAAGAAAAUAAAUUUUAAUAACUUAACAACCAAUAUUUGCAUUAAGUAGUAAAAAAAAAUUAAAUAACAAAAUAAUUAACAAAAAGUAAAUUCAAUAUAUGGUAUAUUACAGUCUCUCUAGAAUCAUUACAGAUAAAUUAUAUGAAAAUGCUAAAUUAUAAAAAAAUAUUAAUAUUUUUUCAACAAAAAAAAAAAAACAAAAAUAAAUUAGUAUUGCGCGAAAUGAAAGAAAAGCAGUUAAAUUCUAAAAAUCAAUACACAACUCAAA